UCAUUGCAUUCCUUGCCCCGAAGCUAUCUCCUCUGGUUGUGCGGAAGGGUGAUGCCUAAGGCGCAUCACUUUUCAAGAAUUGGAUCAUGAACAACUUUAUCCUUCUGGAAGAACAGCUCAUCAAAAAAUCCCAGCAAAAGAGAAGAACUUCUCCCUCGAACUUUAAAGUCCGCUUCUUUGUUUUAACCAAAACCAGCCUGGCGUACUUUGAGGACCGUCAUGGGAAAAAGCGCACGUUGAAGGGCUCCAUUGAACUCUCCCGAAUCAAAUGUGUCGAGAUUGUGAAAAGUGACAUUAGCAUCCCUUGCCACUAUAAAUACCCAUUUCAGGUUGUGCAUGACAACUACCUCCUGUACGUGUUUGCUCCAGACCGCGAGAGCAGGCAGCGCUGGGUGCUGGCUCUUAAAGAAGAAACAAGGAAUAAUAACAGUUUGGUGCCCAAGUAUCAUCCUAAUUUCUGGAUGGAUGGGAGAUGGAGGUGCUGUGCUCAGCUGGAGAAGCUUGCUGUUGGCUGUGCCCACUACGAUCCAACAAAGAAUGCUUCAAAGAAGCCUCUUCCUCCUACUCCUGAAGACAACAGGCGAUCACUUCAUGAGCAUGAAGAAACCCUGGUCAUUGCCUUGUAUGACUACCAAACAAAUGACCCCCAGGAGCUGACGCUGCAGCGCAAUGAGGAGUACUACCUGCUGGACAGUUCUGAGAUUCACUGGUGGAGAGUUCAAGACAGGAAUGGGCAUGAAGGAUAUGUACCAAGCAGUUAUCUGGUGGAAAAGUCUCCGAAUAACCUGGAAACAUAUGAAUGGUACAAUAAGAGUAUCAGCCGAGACAAAGCCGAGAAACUUCUUUUGGACACAGGCAAAGAAGGAGCCUUCAUGGUACGAGAUUCCAGGACUCCAGGAACGUACACCGUGUCUGUUUUCACCAAGGCCAUCGUAAGUGAGAACAACCCCUGUAUAAAGCACUAUCACAUCAAAGAAACGAAUGACAAUCCCAAGCGAUACUAUGUGGCUGAAAAGUAUGUGUUUGAUUCCAUCCCUCUCCUCAUCAAUUAUCACCAACACAACGGAGGAGGCCUGGUCACUCGACUCCGCUAUCCGGUUUGUUCCUGGAGGCAGAAGGCCCCGGUCACAGCAGGGCUGAGAUACGGGAAAUGGGUGAUUGAUCCCUCGGAGCUCACUUUCGUGCAGGAGAUUGGCAGCGGGCAAUUCGGGUUGGUGCAUCUUGGCUACUGGCUCAACAAGGACAAGGUGGCCAUCAAAACCAUUCAGGAAGGAGCUAUGUCAGAAGAGGACUUCAUAGAGGAGGCUGAAGUCAUGAUGAAACUCUCUCACCCCAAACUGGUCCAGCUGUAUGGGGUGUGCCUGGAGCAGGCCCCCAUCUGCCUGGUGUUUGAGUUCAUGGAGCACGGCUGCCUGUCAGAUUACCUGCGCAGCCAGCGGGGGCUCUUUGCGUCAGAGACCCUGCUGGGCAUGUGCCUGGACGUGUGUGAGGGCAUGGCCUACCUGGAAGAGGCGUGUGUCAUCCACAGAGACCUGGCUGCCCGAAAUUGUUUAGUGGGAGAAAACCAAGUCAUCAAGGUGUCUGACUUUGGGAUGACAAGGUUCGUCCUUGAUGAUCAGUACACCAGUUCCACAGGCACCAAAUUCCCAGUGAAGUGGGCAUCCCCAGAAGUCUUCUCUUUCAGUCGCUAUAGCAGCAAGUCGGAUGUGUGGUCAUUUGGUGUGCUCAUGUGGGAAGUCUUCAGCGAAGGCAAAAUCCCAUAUGAAAACCGAAGCAACUCAGAGGUGGUGGAAGACAUCACUACUGGAUUUCGGUUAUACAAGCCCCGGCUGGCCUCCUCACACAUCUACCAGAUCAUGAAUCAUUGCUGGAAAGAGAAACCAGAAGACCGGCCACCUUUCUCCAGACUCUUGAGUCAACUGGGUGAAAUCGCAGAAUCGGGACUUUAGCAGAGACUCAGCUGCAGAUCCUCAGUGGGGGCAGGAAGUCCUCCCUCCAUAGAGCAUUAAAAGCUGCCACCAGCCCAGGACUCCCCAGAGGACGCUGGCCUGUGGCGCCGUCCCUGAGCUGCCAUGGAGGCAGCACCCUGACAGAAGCUGGCCCUGGGCCACAGGCAGGAGGCUCAGCCAAUGAACUGGGAGCGAGGCCAGAGCAGCGGCGAUGUCUCUUCCCUCCCUCCAGCCUCUUAUCUUGCAUGGUGCAUAAACCUCAAUCUGACAGCUUUCAGGCAACAUUUCUCGCACUUCUUAGAGAAAGGGAGAAAUGGGGUAGGACCCUGGAUUAUUAUUAUUUUAAACAUGGAUAUAAAAUUCAUAGUCAAAAGACUUUUUAUGUCACCUGACGACACAGAAUCCCAGGAUAUGGGCAGAGGAACAAAGAGCAUGACUCUUUUUCAAGGAGAACUGUGAGUUAAGGACAAAAAGAGUAAGCUCUGCCAUGAUGCUGUCAGCCACAGCUUCCUGCCAUAGAGGAUGAUGGAACAGCUGCUCACAUCAGAGGCCGGAUAUUCUGAGAAACAGCUUUAUGAGGUUUUACUCAGAGUACACUGCCACCUCUCUCCUUGAAGGGAGCACGAUGGACUCAGGUGAAUAAUUUCGAUCCCACAGUUGGAGAGUUAGGUAUCUGGUGUCCAGGCAGAAAGAGGGCUUCUGAUGAUAGGGAACCAACUGGUACAAAGGCCUUAGGCUGUUACCACUCCGAUGUGUUAAGCCAGGCAGGUGACUGUGCCUUCCCUUCUGCACAGACUGCUUCCGGAGGCAUCCUAGGAGGAAGUGGUUCCUUCUGAACACCGACUCUCAGGACUGUCAUCACUUCCACCCCUUCCAGGAAUCAGUCCCCUCUCUGCACUCUGUCACCCUCAUCAACAGAGGGCAGCAUCGUGUUGGGCAGUGUAGCCUUGCAGAGAAAUUGUAACUUGUUUAAGCCCUAGAGAUUUGCAACCGUAAGGCUGAGACUUUAAGUCUCCCAGAAUUGGGGGAGAAGAACAAAAGGUGUGUUCUUGCUCAAACAAUCUGCAUGGAAACUGAGUCAGGCACUGAGUGGGAUGCUCCUAAGAUGCACAAGGAUGCCUACUGUUCACUGAGCACUUAAAUAUUCAAAGUGAAUAUUUGCUGAGCUUACCCUGCAUGCACAUCAACCCCGUGAGAUAGUAUUUUUACUCCCAUUUUACAGAUAGUAAAACAGAGGCUUUAAAAAUCCAGGACACCUCCCAGAAGUGACAGAGCUAGGCAGUAUAGAGCUGGAUUCUAGCCCACAGCUACCUGACUCCAGUUCGCUUUCUUUAUUCCUGUUCAACAUUGCCUUUUACUGAAAAUGAAAGGGAUUGCAGAGGAGAGAAGCACAGCAGAGGGGAAAGGCAGAGAAAACCAACAAAGACAUCAACAAAGCAUCACCAGCAAGUAAUACUGAUCCCACACAGACGACUGUGGUUGGCACUGUAGCACUCCAGCUUGGAGUAAGAUCUUCUCUUUACUAAUCUGUAGCCUCCCCUUUGUCAGAGUUAAUAAGUUUGAGCUCACUCAGUUAAUUAACCCUUUGAUUCACCCAACCCACCAGAGUCAUCAUGUCUCAUGAAGGAUUUAUAGGAGAGCUUCAAAGCAGCUUGGAAAGAUUCUCCUGCAGAAGUAUAAAUGCUUCCUUUAAUUAUCAUUCCAACUUUGAGCUGGCUGCAGUCUUCUUGGACACUUGGUGGGGAAGAGUACUCCCUGAUGUAAGAGAGAGUUAAUUUUCCCACAGUGUUCAGAUAAAACUCUAGGAGCGAUUAUUGGAUGCCAUUGCAAUCAUCUUUUUCUAAAUCAUGUGAUAUUUUGACCAGCCGGAGAGUCAGA